AUGGCGGACUUUGAGCCGUUCGUCGAGUCGCCCCCGCCGUGGAAAGAGAAUCGCGCUCCGACCGCCAAGCGCACGAAGACCAGCUCUGACUCGAGUCUCUUUGACCUUGUCGGCCCGCCUGUCAAAGACCUGUCGCGCACGCUGUCCACAGGCCCCGCAGCGCCCGUCGCGCCGGAGCACCGCGCGACGGCCAAGGUCUUUUUGUCGCCGGAGCAGCAGCGCAUCCUCGAUGCGGUCGUGACGCAGGGACGCAACGUGUUCUUCACAGGCUCGGCCGGUGCGGGCAAGUCGCACCUCUUGCGGCAGAUUAUCCAGGACCUGCGCCGCAAGUUCCAGAGCAAGAGCGAUGCCGUGGCUGUCACUGCCUCGACGGGCAUUGCCGCGUGCAACAUUGGCGGCAUUACACUGCACAGCUUUGGCGGUGUCGGCCUUGCCAAAGAGUCGCCUGAACGCCUCCUCACAUACAUCAGGCGGAACCGCGGCGCUGUGACGCGCUGGAUGCGCACGCAGGUCCUGAUCAUCGAUGAGGUGUCCAUGUUGGAGUCGAAGCUGUUCGAGAAACUCGAGGCCAUUGCGCGCAUGAUUCGCAAGUCAACGAAGCCGUUUGGUGGCAUGCAGAUCGUUAUGACAGGCGACUUUUUCCAGCUGCCGCCCGUGUCGGUGCAGGGCGACGCGCACUUUGUGUUCGAGUCGCCCAAGUGGUCAGAGGUCAUCCAGGACCAGUUCAACCUCACGCAGGUGUUUCGUCAGAAAGACCACCGCUUUGUCGGCAUGCUCAACGAGAUGCGUCUCGGCAAACUGUCGCCAGAUACGGUGCGUGCGUUUUCGCAGCUGGACCGUGUGCCUGCGCUGCCCGAUGGCAUCACGCCGACGGAGCUGUACCCCCUGCGUCGCGACGUGGAGCGCGCGAACAAGCAGCGUCUCGAUGCGCUGGACACGGAGGCCCGCACAUAUACCAGUCUCGACGGCGGCUCACUACCGCCGGACCAACGCGAGCGCGUGCUCGACAACUUUAUGGCGCCGCGCCAGGUGUUCCUCAAGAAGGGCGCGCAGGUCAUGCUGAUCAAGAAUCUGGACAGCACGCUAGCGAACGGCUCGAUCGGCACCGUCCUCGACUUUAUGGAUGAGAGCACGUUCCAGAACACGUAUGGCGACGACGCCGACCUGCUGCGCACGGACGUGGCCGAGACGCUGCUUGCGCGUGCGGAGCGUGCGCCGGGCGCCACGCGCACGAGCCGCUCGCCCGAGAAGGACCAGCCACGCAGUGCGCAGUGGCCGCUUGUGCGUUUCCACCUGGGGCGCGGCAAGGUGCGUGACCAGCUCGUGCGCCCUGAAACGUGGAAGAACGAGGACCCCCACGGCGAUGUUGUCGCGUGCCGCACACAGGUGCCGCUCCUUCUUGCUUGGGCCAUGUCGAUCCACAAAUCGUGCGUCGUUGCUACUUACCCCAGACAAGGUCAAACGCUGCCGUACUGUCGUAUUGAUUUGCGCCGCGUCUUUGAGAAAGGUAUGUCGUGCUAUCUUACCGCAGGCCAGGCCUACGUGGCGCUCUCGCGCGCCACAUCGCUCGACGCGCUGCAGGUUGUCGGAUUCCAGCCGACCAAGGUCAUGGCGCACCCCAAGGUGAUCCGCUGGAGCCAGAACCAGUUCCGCGACUAA